UCAACUUUUUCAAUUCAAUCAAAUCCUCCCUCCUAAGCAAACCUGCCACAUUUAGCUGUCCCAUUCUUCUUCUUCUUCCUUUGCAAUUUCACUGAAUUACAUACAUACAAACAAUCAAUCAAUCAAUUGAUUCAGAACCACUGAUGAACUUUUGAAUUCUAUCGCUUUAUGAUUUUGAUUAGAAGAACACCAAACUCAGAUAUGUAUGGCGUUGGUUGUUCCCAGACAAUUUUAAGAGAUUCGAGUCACCAGUUCUCUGCCGCUUUCACUAAAAAUGGAGAUUCAUCUAAUCGUCAUCAGGAUCAACCUAGCUCCGGAUUAAUGCGGUAUCGAUCGGCUCCAAGCUCGUUCUUCGCAAGCCUCCUUGACAGCAGCGGCGGAGUCGAAGCUUGCUGCGAGGAUUUUCUAAACUCAAAUGAAUCCGACGAUGCCAUGUUUACCGGAUUCAUGGUUACGGAUUCCUCUGCGUCAGUCUCAGACUCACUGAAGUUGCAGUUUCCUGUUGAUGUGAAGAACGAGACGGCGAUUUCCAAACCGCCAUUACCGCUUCAGAAUGGAUACUCUAAGAUAGGAUCGAGGAAGACGACUAGUCGACAGAAUUCAGGAAAUUCUACUAUAAGCAAGGUGAAAUCGAAUCUCGUGAGACAGAGCAGUUCUCCGGCGGGGAUUUUCUCGAAUCUCUCCGUUGAGAAUGGAUUUGCUUUGAUGAAGGAUAUGAGAAGCACUAGCUUCUCCUCAGGGCUAUCAUCUUCCUCCAGAUUCAUGCCUCAGAUUGCUGAAAAUGGAAAUGAAGACUCAUGCCCUAGUAUUACAGAGAAUGAACAAAUGGGAAAUGAUGAUCAUGAUAAGAACAGUUAUUACAUACCUGGACGACUCGAUGAUGCUUGGGAUAACUCAACAACUAGCUUAACCGGGAUAAAAAGAAGCAGAGAUGAUGAUCUUGAAAAAUUCUCGGGUUCCUAUUCACCACUAAAUCAGCAUGAUGAUGAAGCAAGAAAAUACUCUACUAGUUUGACUCAUCAUUUGAGCUUGCCCAAAACUUAUGCGGAAAUGGCAGUUGUUGAGAAGUUCUUACAUUUCCAGCACGAUUCUGUCCCAUGUAAGAUCCGAGCCAAACGUGGCUGUGCCACCCAUCCUAGAAGCAUUGCCGAGAGGAUGAGAAGAACAAGAAUUAGUGAAAGAAUGAGGAAAUUGCAGGAAUUGUUUCCAAAUAUGGAUAAGCAAACCAACACAGCAGAUAUGCUAGAAUUAGCGGUUGGAUAUAUUAAAGACCUUCAGAAGCAAGUUCAGACUCUGACGGAGAUUCGGGAAAGAUGCUCGUGUUGUGUUGGCGAGAAAUCGGUGUAUAACUAAAAGAUAUGUCUUAUAAUUGAAAGAACCAAAUCCAAUGGUAAUUGAAAGAUGGUCCAAUAUGAUGCAUGUGGUCCUAAAUGUAAUAAAGAUGAUGUAGUCUUCACUUUUGUUUUUAUUCUUCUUCUUCCCAUGUAGGGCUUAUAAUAAUAAUAAUAAUAAUAAUAAU